AUGACCAUAACUGCACUUUCCUUAGUUAUCACAGUUCAACGAACAGCAAAUUCUACAUAUUCUGGUGCCUACAGUAGCUAUUCUCCUACGAUUAACUCAAUUAAUAAUAUCACUAGUUCGCAAAUUAUUUACCAAUUUUUUAUUCAAACUGGACAAUUACCAGCUGGAAAUUAUACAUGUGUAGGUCAAUACAAUCUUCUUAAUGUGAAUCAUGCAACUAGUGCUGAUACCUACUCGAUAAGCACAACAAAUAUAUGUGGAAUGACUAGUUCAGCCACUGGAAAUUUUCCAUGA